AUUUGAUUGGAAAUGGUUAGUUGAUUCGUGUAUUUACUUGAACAUUUUUUAACCUAAUUAUACAUGCAUCUAGGAUUAGGUCAUCACAUGUCCCUGCAUCAUCUGUCUUGCCACAGAUCCUUUUAUCUCAGUCCAAGAAUGCUUCUUUAGGUGCAGCGGUUAGAUUGUUUGGUUCCCGUCGUGUUGUAGCAAUAUGGUCAAGGAGGAAAUCUCUGAAUUUGUGGAUCUGUUGGAUAGGCUAAAGAAUGUUUAUCCUUCGCUUCAAGAAGAAGAUGUGAUGGUUUGGCAAGUGCAUAGAUCGAGUCUAUUCUCCGUGCGGUCCUUCUACAAGCUUAUAUAUGGCAAGCCUUGAUCUUUUGUUUCUCCGCACCACUUUUGGUUAGAUGGUGCUCUUCCUAGAGUGGUGCCGUUUACUUGGCUCAUGGCUUGGAAGAGAGUUUUAACCAUCAACAAUUUGCAAAGAAGAUCCCUCAUCCUCCCUAAUAUUUGUUUGAUGUGUAUGGAAGAUACGGUGUUGAUCAAUCACCUAUUUUAUUCAUCGUAUGUUUGCUCGAAAGGUGUGGGACGUUUUUCUCUAUUUGCUUUAUUCUGCUUCGGUGAUGCCAAAUUUCAUCUUAGUCUUGUUUUGGGCUUGGCCCGGAGGUGGGGUGGGCAAAGAGGGAAGGCUAUAUGGCACCUUCUUUUGUUAGCAGUGCUUUGAUCCAUUUGGGGUGAGCAAAGUAGAAGAUGUUUUAGGAAUAGGAGAUCUUCCCUUGAGGAGGUCAUUAAGGAAAUUAAAUGUAAUGUUGUAGGUUGGGCUUCUCAUCUAAAGGUCAAUCCUUUCAAUCUCUCCUCUGUUUUUGAGUUGUAGAGUUUGGUUGUGUUUAUUAUUAUUAUUAUUUUUGCACUUUUUGGUGCUUCUAAUAAUUUUUCCGUUCUCUCUCUCUCUCUCAAAAAAAAAAAAAAAAAAACUGUUCGGAUGGUCUGUUCCAAAUGAGACUUUGAAGGUAAUCAAAUGGGUCCUAGAGGAUAAUUUUGACCAUCCAAUUGGUGGCCAACAUAUGAACAGUUAAAAUGAGAAGUUGUCAAUGAUUCUAAUUCAACAAAUAAAUAUAAAUUAAUUAGAAAUUAGAAUCGUCUGAUCAAUCUGAUUUUUGUAAUGUGACUCAUUGAAAAUAGAUGUCACAAUUUGGAUGGUUUGGACUGUGGUACAUGUGCUGUGUAUGAGUUGGUGUACAUGUGUAUGAAUAACCAUACAUUGCCCGUGCAUCAAAUGACUCCCUUUAACUAGGGAACCCCUUAACAAUUAUGUGUUGUGGUAGGAAAACAUGUUGCAGAUGUGUUGAAGGGAUGGAACAUGUAUCAUAGAUUCUGGCUUAUAGCACAUGCAUAAGAGGCUCGUGCCAGUAGGUAGGGUACACCGUGAACAUGCCAUGGACCAACAAUUUUUUUUGCUGAUUAGGCAGGUCAAACUUGUAUGAGAAAAAUAGGCAGUUAGAAAAAAGUCCAUUGGUCCAAAUUCAGAGGAAGUGUGGCUCACUUGAUGAGCAUGGGCCCCCGAUAUCACACAAUGUAUUGCACUCUUGGCAUAUGUAAAUAUCACAGAAAAUUGGGAAAUAUUGUGAGGGAGGCAUUGGAGAAACCUCAGGAAAAUGGUGGAAUUUUCAGUUAUACUUCAGGAGAUGUUAGAAGGCACAUGAUUACACACUUAGAAAUUGGAGCAUUAAAAGCACAAUAGUUUUCCAUUGUCUAGGGGACAAAACUAUGUGUUGUCUGCCAUUAGUGAUGCAAUCUAUUCAAAAUGAGUUCGUAUUAUUCAAAUUUUAAGCAAUAAAACACAAACCAGACAAACAAGUUAGAGUUCAAAGAGUACUGUUGUGCUAAGUUUGAGUGGCAUCUUCUUAUGACUAGUGGUGUAACAAGGGUAGACUACAAGAUAUUCAAAAUAUUAGGAUCUUAUGGAGCAAACUGUCCACAAAUAAAAGCGAUACAAUGUUGUAUGUCAGAUUGUCCAUUGGGUAACAUUAGAAAGAAAUUAAGGAAAAAUGAAGACUGAAUAGAGACAUGGGUAUUAAGAGCACUAUGGAUAGGUAAGUAAAAAGAACUAAUCUUAUAAUGAAGAAGACGUGGCGAGGGAGUUAUAGUAUGAGUGAUUAAGCUCACUUCUAUGAUUGAAAGAUGCAAAGAAGAUUAGAUGCGGAGUAGAGAAGAUUAAUAAAGAGAAACCAAUAUCAUUAAGUUCUCUAAGUGGAGGAUACAAGAGGGAAACAUCACAAAUAUCACAGGAAGUAUUGCAGAUAUCUCGAUGUGUCCGCAUGCAUGAUAUGUCAGAUGUUGAGGCUAGUGGAUACAUAGAACACUGAUUUUUGGUAUAUGGCAUGUUCACAGUGCGCCCUAUGGGAUGAAUGGUCCAGAUCUCUGACACGUGCACAGAUUUGUGCAUGUGUUCUGCCCCUCAGAUGAGGGUCCACUCAUUGAAUGACAAGCAAAGUGGAGAAAGCGAAAAAUCUGAUGGUUGACAAACUGCAAUGUUGAGCCUUGGCUUUCCGCAACAGGCACACUAUGUGAAUCAAUUGAAGAAAAUGGCUCUCAUCUAUUUCUCCACUGUUUGCUAUUUCUUUAUCUUUGAGUUCCAAAUGGCAUGGGUCAAGAGCUACUUGCUGGAAGAGGAAAUUGUUUGAUGGAGCAGAGGCCCAACCCAAGAUAAGGGCAGGAUCUUUUGGAAUAUUAUCCCGUUUGCUGUUUGUUGGGAGAUUUGGAAAGAGAGGAACUACAGAAUUUUUAAGGGCAUACAAACUCCCUUAGGAUGGAUUUGUGAUUGGGCAAUGCCAUCUUCCAAAUUUAGAGGGCAAUCUACUUUGGACGUUGGUAGUGACUGGUCAAACUCAGUGACAAAGACCUUUAGGAUCUUGCAUCCAAGUUAAACAAUACUUUCAACCUGAUAUGUUUUCAAUUUUUUGCUCUAGCUGUGUGUUUUGGUGGUGUUGACUAUUGAGGUCUGUCUCUUCACAACUUUGUAAUCUGGAACCUUGGUCUUGCAUUCUAUCAAUAAAAUUCAUCGUUAUUUGCUAAAAAAAAAAGUGGAUAAAGAGAAAAUGCCUACUGGGAAAUGCUGAGGGCACUUAGGAAAAAGCACUCUUUUGCAUAAUUGCUUUUUAGUAACUAAUUAAUGUGGCCCUAACCAAACGUGUUUGUUGAUUUUGAAGUGCUUUUGGGAAUUACGGUUGCCCAAAAGUGCUUAAUUAAGCAAUGACUAAUGCUAAUGACUGUGGAUGUGGGCCCUGUGAAUGCGCGACCCACUUGGAUGAAUGUGAUAAGGGCCCAUACAGUGUUAAAAACCACUUAAUGUGUUUUGUCUCUGUGUCCCUUUAUUUAGUCUAUUACGUGCACAUAAUAUACAUGCCAUAUUGUGAGGGGUAUUUUUGAGAUUUAUACUUGUUUUUACUUAAUCUAAAAAGAGAGGGGUGUGUAUCUUGUAUUUUUUCUCUCUCCAUUUUCUCCUUUCCGUUUCCCUUCAUUUUACAUAGUUCUAUAUGAUAUCCGAGCGGAUUUGAUUCGUUUUUGCUUCACUUUCUUCUCUUCUGUCUCUUAAAUUCUCCCUUUUAUUUUCCUCUUUGCUCUUCAUAUCUCCCUUGUGCUACAAGUUCUUUAAGAAGCCUAGGGUUUCUACUUCUUUCUUGAUAUGUUGGCCCUUUGUAAUGGUCUGCGUGAGAGGGAGAAUGUUGAUCAUCGCUCUUCUCAUGUUUGGUUGGAAUGUGUGGGCUGAUUGUUUCAUCAGGUAUGGUGUGUAUGUCGUGUGGAUAUGCAAUUGGGGAGUUCUUAUAUUUGGAUGAGUCAACCCUUGUUCAUGUAAGCAUUGUGAUAUUCUCAGUAAUUUCUUUGUCUGGUGGAGAUUAAAGGUGAUCAAAGAUUUUGGUUCCCAAAUCCAUAUGAUUUUCUGGGGGUCGAAUAACCAUUAUAAAAUGAAAUGGAGCAACUUAUCUCCAAUGGUCUAAAUCGAUCCAAGUGGUUUUUUUAUGACCAAAGGCAAAUUAAAAUAUCUGAACGCGCAAAAACCAAAUGAAAGUGAUAGCAUGACGAUCAAUAGAUCCAGGAAAAUUCUCAGAUCAUGACAUAAUUGUGGAAUAGUACGGAAACAUUUGUUUGUGGGAAUGUGAUGUGAGAUGUGUUACAAGAGACACUUUAUUCCAAUAGAAACAUCUCUCAUACGGAUAAGUUGUUUGAAGAUAUUUUUGCAUUCCAACAAGGGGAUAAACCCCUUGGUGAAUAUUAUUUCAAAACUUAAAAGGAAUGUGGGAGGAGUUGAAUGUGUAUCAACCACUUACUAGUGAUUUAAAGAAAUAACGUCAACAAACAUGAGGAGUUCGGUGUGGCUAAAUUUGUAUCUGGCUUAAAACCAUAAUAUGAGCUAGUGUGUGUAUAGAUCUUGCAUUGCAUGGGAUGUUCCAUUUUUAAAUGAAGUUUAGCUCGCCUUAAAAAUGUAUCUCUUGGCUUUGAGGGUGGGGUCAAUGAUAAUUCUGCUUUGGCAUCAUUUACUAGAUGAGACAGAGGUGGUGGUCGUGGUGGCCUAGCUAAUCAAGGUAGUUGUAGUGACGUGGGGGGGAGGUUGUGGACUCAAGAAGUGUACUCACUGAGGGCUUAUAAAUUACAUUGUUGAGAAAUGUUGGGACAUUCAUGGGAAGCUAGCUUUGCAAAUCAGGCAUCUUAUUUUGAAAAGUGUAGUUGGGCAUCGGUCUGCAGGUUCUAAUACAAUUCAACAGCCAAGUACAUCUGGUAACAUAGUUUUGCUUACUAAAGAUGAGUAUUCCAAGUUAUUGAACUAUCAACCUAUCUUUGCUGCUACUCCCACCUUUACAGCUUCAUUCGUGAACUCAAGUAUGACUUGUUUAGGGCCCAAGUUCUCUACUCCAUGAGUCAUUGACUCCAAGGCCUUUGACUAUAUGACAAGUCUGGUGCCUUUUCCUCCAUUGAUAUAGUAUUGUUGAGUUCAUUGGUCACGUUGGCAGACGGUGCCCAGUCCAAAGUGUGUGGAAUGGGUACUGUUCAUCCAAGUACCCUUCUUUCAUUGUCAUCUAUUUUCUAUGUUCCUAAAUUUUCUUUUAGUCUUAUGCCUACUAGUAAGCUAAAAAACUGCUUAAAUUGCUCCGUGACUUUCUAUCCUUCACACCGCGUUUUCCAGGUUCUAAAGAUAGAAGAAGAUUGGUGGAGGACAUGAAUAUGGGUUUACUAUCUUGACCGUGAAGUAAUUGGAGUAGUAGCGUAGAACAACAUCUCUCCAUACCAGUGUCAUCUCGAUCACCUAUCCUCAAAGAAUCUCAAAAGUGUUAAUUCCUUCAUUAACGUCUGUGCUAGCUUUAGAAUGCGAGAUGUGUAUCUCACUAAGAAAGUUAAAAAGCGGAUUGAAGAUGAUGGAAUAUUCUGCUCCUGUAGCCCUUCAUCUGGCUCAUCAAGUGUGUGUGGUAGAGAUUGCCAUUGUGGGAUGCUUUUGUCUAGCUGUUCAACAAGUUGUAAAUGUGGGAAUUCAUGUCUCAACAAACCAUUUCAGCAUCGAAAAGUGAGGAAGCUGAAGUUAGUGAAGACAGAGAAAUGUGGAUCAGGGUUAGUAGCAGAUGAAGAUAUAAAGCAAGGAGAAUUUGUAAUAGAGUAUGUUGGGGAAGUUAUUGAUGAUAAAACUUGUGAAGAAAGGCUUUGGAAAAUGAAACACAGGGGGGAAACAAAUUUCUACUUAUGCGAGAUUAAUCGUGAUAUGGUGAUUGAUGCAACAUACAAGGGAAAUAAGUCCAGAUUCAUAAAUCAUAGUUGUCAACCCAAUACCGAGAUGCAAAAAUGGAGAAUUGAUGGUGAAACCAGAAUCGGCAUAUUUGCAACCCGUGAUAUAAAGAGGGGCGAGGACCUGACUUAUGAUUAUCAGUUUGUUCAGUUUGGAGCAGAUCAAGAUUGCUAUUGUGGUGCUCUGGGCUGCAGGCAAAAGCUGGGGACUAAACCUAGCAAGCUGAAGACAUCAUCUUCAGAUUCUUCGUUGAAACCAGAUUCUUCGGAGGAUUUCUCAAAUGGACAAUUUUGUAAAGAAAAUUUGCCAAGCAAGCCAUCAUAUCAAGGAAAGACAUGUUUUCGGAAUUGUAUUGGUGAAUUUGUUCGAAUAUGGCGCCCCCAUGAACAGAGGUUCUACAUAGGAUGUGUAAAACAUUUCGACAGCAAUUCUAGAGAGCACACAAUUAUCUCUGAGGAUAGAUGUGAGCUGAUUCUUGACAUGUCAAAGGAAGUUUGGGAAUUUUACUGACUUCUCAGCUUUACCACGAGGUGUAUUGAUUUUAAUUAUUCUUCAGUUGCGGAUUGCUUUAGAAUGAGCAUCGACUGAUUUACUAAGGAGGCAACACUGAUCAUCCUCUUCUACUUGAAUUUCAACAAUUUAAGAGGUUACUUCUCCUCAAGUGUAACAUGUAAUGUAGGGUUUUAAACCCCUUUUGUUGUAAUCUUAUUUAACUUUUGUUUGACUUUUCAUUAACUAUGUAUCUUAUUUGGAAAUUCUUUGUUUUUAUAUAUAUAUAUAUAUAAGGAUAUUGAAGAAAGAGAAA